UUGUAUCUGUAAUGUCCUAAAUUGAGAUUCUAAAAGCACGGUGAUUCUGGUUUUAAUGGAUUUAAUUAAUUUAAUGGAGACGUAAUUCCCGAAUUAAGUAAACUUAACCAUUUGGUAUAUGAUUAUGUGGUAUCACCAUGACAUUAUCAAUAAAGUUCAUUACUUAUCUUAUCUUAUACAUCAAACGAUUUGAAUUAUGGCACAGUGGCUAAUCUAAAUUUUCUGUGAUUAAAAUUUGCAGUGGAAACAAUAAGAAACAACAAAAAUGGCACAGUUACCUAAUAACGAUCUUUUUCCACCCUCACCUUACUGUAAAAGUUAUGUUAAUGAGGAGGAAAUUACCUACAAAACAGAAAAUCCUCUGACGACAAUUAUAGUAGCAAACCCAGGAAAAAUAUUACAAUUAUGUGAAAACCUUACUGAUACACAUACAAAAAACCUAGAAGCUAAAAUGAAUAUGUAUUUUCAAGCUGAAGUAGACGCUAAAAAAGUAUUUUUUAUAAAUUUAUUUACUGUGUCAGAUGAGGCGAUAAUUCAAGUAGUGCAGGAUAAAAUUUUAGAAACUCCAAUAAGAUCUUGUUUAUGUGAAGACACAAUAAGCAACUUAGUAGUAUAUAAAGAUAGCGGGUUAAAAUGUGAUAAUUUAGAUCCAAAAAUACAAACUAUGAUUGAUGAGGUCAUAAAGGAUGAAGGAGAACACAAUCUUAUAAUUGUUCCUGUGAUUGCCAAAGAGAGGAAAGCAAACGUUACCAAAAAGCUAGUCGUUAGUCCCGUAUAUUUAAUAUGUUUCGUAAAUACUCCAAAAGAUUCCUGUUUUGUAACGAAGUUAGUAAAUGAAACCUUAAAUUAUACAUUGACACUACUGUUAAAUACGAGACAAUGUGAAGAAGAAAAGAGAUUAAAGAACCAAUGCCAGAGUUUACUUUCCGUUGCCAGAAGGCUAUUUUCUCAUCUAGGACAUUUAAACGAUCUUUUAAAAGAAAUUAUGUCAGAGGCCAGAAGACUUACGAAUGCCGAACGAUGUUCCCUCUUCCUUCUGGAUCCAGAUCAUAUGCAUCUUGUAGCCAAAGUUUUUGAUGGUGUAAGUCCGACGGAUAAAAGUACUGAAGUGCGAAUAGCGAAGGAUCAGGGUAUUGCAGGUCACGUGGCAGCUACAGGUAAAACGCUUAAUAUAAAAAACGCUUACAAACAUCCAUUGUUCUAUAAAGGAAUGGACGAAGCUACAGGUUUCAAAACAAGAAACAUCCUGUGUUUUCCAAUUAGGGAUGAAGACGGUAUCGUUGGGGUGGCACAACUUUGUAAUAAAAUUGACGGAAAUUUCGAUUAUUUCGACGAACAGGUCGCUAACGCUUUCAGUAUUUAUUGCGGUAUCUCUAUAAUGCACAGUCUUGUUUACAAGAAAAUACAAGACACACAGGCCAGGAGUCAGUUAUCAAAUGAACUAAUGAUGUAUCAUAUGCGGGUUACUGACCAAGAUGUUGCUGAUGUUCUUCUGUGUGAAGGCUAUCAUAAUGUUCCCGACUUUGAUAGUUUUUCAUUUGUACCCAGAAGGGUACUUCACAGAGAAAUACCUUGUUAUAUACUAAAAAUGUUUGAUAAUUUGAAUCUAUUCGAUCACUUCAGAAUUAAAAGAGAUGUUCUUACAAGAUUUCUACUGUAUGUUAAAAAAGGUUAUAGGGACUUACCGUAUCACAACUGGAUUCACGCUUUCUCAACCACACAUUUUGCCUAUUUGGCUUUGAAGAAUUUCAGUUUGGUGGAAAAAAAGUAUUUAACAAAAUUGGAAUCCCUGGCAUAUUUAAUCUCAUGUUUGUGCCAUGAUAUUGAUCAUAGAGGAACAACGAAUGCAUUCCAGCAACAAUCAGAUACUGUAUUAGCCAGUUUAUAUUCUAGCGAAGGUUCAGUGAUGGAAAGACAUCAUCUAUCACAAACAUUGUGUAUACUCAACAUGGAGGGAUGUAAUUUUCUAGAAAAUUUAAACAGGGAAGACUACAUUAUAUGUUUAGAUCUGAUAAAAAAUAUGAUUCUCGCUACCGAUCUUGCCGUCCAUUAUAGGAUACAUUCACGACAGUUAACUAUGGCGAAGGAGAGUUAUAACAAUACAGAUCCCGAACACAGAUAUUAUUUAUGCAGUUUACUGAUGACCUGUGCAGAUUUGUCAGAUCAAACCAAGGACUGGGGUGAGACUAAAAGUGUUGCCCAAUUGAUAUACGCAGAAUUUUUCACUCAAGGUGAUAUGAUGAAGAAAAUGGGCAAAGAACCUGACAAUAUGAUGGAUAGAGAAAAAGCUUCCAUUCCUGAUCACCAGUUAGAAUUUUUGACAGAUUGCUGCAUUUGUAUAUACAGAAUUCUAGCCAAGAUAUUUUCAAGUGCGGAAUGUCUGGUAGAUGCCAUACUGAAAAACAUCCAAGCCUGGGAAGUAUCAAAAAAUGUUUUUAGUGCUCUAUGUGUAGAAGGUACUACAUCUUACGAAGUGUUAGUAAGCAAUGAAUUUGAAAAUGCCGUACAAGAAGCUCUACAAAAUUUGACCCAGGAGGAACAACAAGGUCCAAAUGGAGAAUAAUACAUGUAUAUUUAAGUACAACUUGUGCAAUAAUUGUAGUGCUGUUGUGUUUGUGUAUAUACAUACAAAGCAUUUUUGCAACAUUUAUUUUUGUUAUAUUUUAAUAAAUGUUUAUCAUGUUGUUUUAUGUUAAAAAAUAGU